CCGUCAUCGUACGAAUUGUGAACGACAAUAGCACCAAUGUUGAAGCUACGCUGUUUAUUUUCGUAUUCGCGACGCGCGUAAGUUGAGUAAUAUGUAUAUUUGACCAUUAAUUUAAUUACUUUAUUUGGUUCAUAUGUGCUUUCAUUCGAACUGAUGGUUCUGAUAUAUAAUUCUGGUGUUGGUGUUAUUGCAAAAACUAUUAUGAUGGCGUUUUGUGUUUGGUGAUGUCAUUGCUGGUUAUUAGUCUGUGUGUACCGUUUGUUUGAGAAAAAUCACAAGUGUCGUGUAUAUCAAAGUAGUCAUCAUGUGGACUAUUAUAUAGGUAGUCAUUUUUAUUUUGACUGAUUAUCUCUUCACCAUCAUGGAUACUGGUAGGCAGCAACCAGAUAAAAAACAACUGUUGCAGCAACAGCAACUUCUUUUACAAAAACAAUUACAACAACACCAAUUUUUGAAGCAACAGCAACAGCUAUUACACUCACAGACACAAUCUCAGCAACCGCCGCAGCAGUUAUUACAAACAUCACAAUUUCAACCUCAGUUACAAACACAACCGCAAUUCCAGCAGCAGUUAAUAACCCAACAACAGAUAUUACGUCGUAAGCAGGUUAUGCAGCAAGAACACUUGAAUAAGCAGCAAAUGUUUCAAGACCAUCAGAAAAAACAAGAGCAAGCACUUCCAGAACUUUUUCAAUCGCAAGAUACCAAUACUGAUGGAGAAAAUCAUCAAUUUGUACAACAUCCACGGCCACAAAACAUCCAGCAACAACAACAAGUAUAUAUGCAACAGCAACAGCGACAACAACAAGAUCAACAUAUGCAGUUACAAUCGCUACAACAAAAACAAUUACAAUCAAAUUUUCAGCAACACCAAUUUAUUCAACAACAUCAAAUUAUUCAACAACAACCAGAACCUCAAAUUGUUCAACCUUCACCUCAAAUGAUACAACAAUCUCAGGUUAUAAAACAACCACAGAUUUUACAAAAAUCCCAUUUGAUACAGCCGCAAAUUAUACAACAAUCUUACCAUAUACAGCAACCUCAGAUAGUACAAAAAUCCCAGCUUGUACAACAAUCUCAGCAUAUAAAACAACCUCAGAUCAUACAACAAUCACAAAUUGUACAACAACAGAAUCAGUAUACUAAUAUAUCAUCUCAACAACAAACAACAAAACAAACUCCAAAUACUCAGCAAAUGUUAAAACAACAGCUACAGCAGUUAAUGUCUAAGAACAAGAAACCACGUAUUGUUGUUUUAAACAAUCAACCACAGCAACAACAAUUUACACAGCAACCACAACGUGUACAAACAGCAAACGCAACAGGUCAACAACAAAUGCAAUGUGUUGUUGUUACAGGAGCUGGUCAACAACAACCUCAACAGGGUCCUCGUAUGAUCUUCACUGGUCCUAGUCAACAAAUACAGCAACUACAGCAAGUAGUUAUACCAGGUUCCAGUCAACAAUUACCGCAACAAAUUCAAAACGUUCUUAACCCAUGCUCUAUUCAACAACAGCCACAGCAGAAACAGCGUGUUAUUGUCUCAGGUGCUUGCCAACAACAACAACAGCCACAACUAGUUGUUGUUAACUCCAAUUCAUCAGGUCAGCAAAAUCAACAAUUUAUUCAACAACCACAAGUUCAACAGGUUGGACAACGUUUUGUAAUUGGACAGUUGAAAGCUUCACAGCAAACACAACAAAUUCAAUCACCAUCACAACGUGGUAUGGUUUUAAACCAGCUACAGCAACCAUUGGUCCAACGACCAAUAACAGUAAAACAACAGCAGCAACGCGUCGUUAUUGCAAAUCAACAACAGUUAUUGAAAUUACCCCAGCAACAAUCAACUCAAUCAACAUUGCUCCAACAACAGUUGGCACAAUUAUCAAACCCCAAACAACAGAAACUGCAAAAUGUGCAACAGCAUAAAGUGACUCAACAAUCAUCUCAAAAUGUUGUCAUUACCCAACAACAACAUCAGAAAUCUAACGUAAAAUUGUCGGAUCAAAACUUGGUACAGCAAUUAUACGUAAAACAAUCUCAUCAACAGCUACAACAAUUCCAUAUCCAAACUCCCCAAAAACAUGUACAACAAAAUAAUCAACAGCAAUUGCUUCUCCCUAAACAACCAAUACAACAGCAACGUAAUCAAAAAACCGAACAGCAACAAGAGCAAGUAGAACAAACAUUACAUAAUGCUGUAAUAGUUGAAAAACUUCCACGAUCCGCGCGUCUUGAGCCAGAACAAUUACAACAGCAGUUCAAAAAACAGCAAGAAGAUCGACAAAAACUUGAUAGCCAUUUAAAGUUACAACAACAACUGAAACAAAAAAGACAUCAGCAACAAAAACGUAUCGAAGAAAAUAAACUUAAGCAGAAACAUGAAGAAUACAAACUUCGGGAACAAGUAUUAUUGCAGCAACACCUUAAGAAAACACAGCAGCAUCAGUUACAACAGGAGUUACUUACCACACAAGAUUCGUCAGAAAAUCGUAAGUCGUUAGUAAUUGUUCAGCAUAAUGAGGAUCAACAAAACACUGAAAAAUCAACGACAAAUUGUGAAAAGCCAGUGAAUCAAUUACGGAUUUUGACUAAAGAUUGUUCAAGUUACAAUAAUGUUACAACUGAUGAAGAUAAUCUGGUAUUGUCUUCUUCGUCAGAUGACGAUGAAGAUAAUGAUAUUUUAAAGAAACAACGACAUUUAUAUCGCGAAGCUGAACAUCUAGUUAGAGAACGAUAUAAAGAGCUGUCCAUUGCUCUAGGACAUGAUUACCAAGUAUAUUAUGAUGCUAUUUUAAGAAACUGGUUACUUGGCGAAUUAUCUCUAGAUGAAUAUGAUCGUGAAAUGCGUAAGGUGUUUUAUGUAUCGUGGGCGUUAAGAUCGAUGGUUAAAGAUAAUGAUAAAAAUAUCAGUGUUUUUACCAAUGGUACUAAUACACAUUUAACAGUUACAGAUUCAACAACAAUAACUUCUGGUAACACAUUUGAUUCAUUAGUAACUUUAACCUCUAAAACCACAACUGGGGUAGAAUCUUUAAUUCCAAAUUCAAAAAUUAGAACAGCAUCAUCAAUACCUACAUCAAAUGAAAAAAAUGCCCAGAUAUUUUCCACAACACAACCAAUAACAAAUGUUAAGUCUAUUCCAUGGAUAAAUAAUUUAAUCAAAGAAACUGAUACAGAUAUAAAAAUUAAAGAAGCGAUUGCUGUUUUAGGAAAACGAUUGCCAUUGCAUAAUGAGUUUAUAUCUAGUUUGGCAGCUUGGUUACCACAUUACUUACUGCGACUGGAACGACGGUCAGCUCGAGCUCAAGGUAUUACUGAAACUGGACAUCCUUUACGAUUAUACACUUACUUAGAUUUGCCCCAAGCGCAUGGAUAUAUUGACCACUGGUAUCCUAAUGUAUCCGGCAGUCUGGUUCGUUGGUUUUGGCCCAAUCGAAUUCCAUGUAGUCCAUUUGUGAUGGAUAACAAAUUACAACAAUCAUCGUCUCUAACUUUUCAAGAACAAGAGCGAAUUGAAGUAGCAGGUGCUACAGUUGCAGCCAUUUUACUUGGACCACCACCAUAUACUGAUAUUCCAUCGAUAUUACAACAACAUGCUAUUCAAAAAACAAUAGAAUACAACCAUGUAACACAAGCUAAACAACCAAGUCAGUGUGAGAAAAGUUAUCCGAUUAAAUUUAAUACAUACGAAACAAAGUGGGCUCAGUGGUUACGACUAAAAGAACAAAAAAAAUUAGAUUCCAUAAUUCUUAUACGGGACAAAUAUGCAAAAUUAUUGCAUGAGCUUAAGGCAAAAGGCCGAAAAUUAAAAAGUUAUGAACGUCGACUGAUAAAACGAUUGCGUCAAUUUCAGGAUCGUAUGUUACGACAGCGAUGUAAAACGUUAGCACAGUUUAAGUUACAACUUCUAGAGACACAAAUCCGGAUACGUAAACGUUUUGAUCGGUCAUGGCAUGAAUUGCCAGAAAAAAAAUACCAACAGCAACUACAUACUAAAACUGCUACUGUAACAAACAUUGACGAUGAGAUGGAUAAGGAUGAAAAAGUUUAUGUUGAAGAUCGUCAACAUCAUUUGUUAAAGCGAAAUUUAGGCUCGUUGGAAGUGUUACAGAAAAAAUGUGAACAAUUACGGAAUAAUAUUCAAAAGUAUGAAAAUCAGCUAAUGCCUUAUUCUACUAAGAGUUCGGUCCAAUUAUUGUAUGACAAACAAAAAUACUGGUCAAGCUAUCGAAUACUGCUGUCUGUAAGAAAACAAUAUCGGAUUGUCCAAAAAUACGCGGAUCGUCUUCGAGAAUUAAGGUAUAUAAAUUGUCCAUGUGGUGUGUCAGAUAGGCACUCGUGCAUUUAUCAAAAACAAAUGUAUUUGAUGCGAAAACAAUUAAAAGUCUGCGACGAGAAAGAAUUAUAUCCUUCGGUUGAUCGGAAUGUAGAAGAAAAUGUGGUGACCAAAAACCGAAAAACUCCAUUUAAAAAGAAUAAAUUGAGAAGUGGAAAACAAAAACUCGGUGAAAUUAAAAAUACUGUAGAAAAAAAUGAUAAAUUAAAAAUUAAUAAAAAAGGAACAUUAUUAUCAGAGAAAAAUGAAAACUCAGUAAUUAUUCCUGAUUAUGGUAAAACAGCAGUCACAAAUAACAAUACAGCGAAUACUAUUACAACUAAUACAACAUGUUUGUCAUCAGUUAAUACUCAUAAUUCUAUAAUACGUGGUCCAGAGAUCUUAGAGUCGCAAACUAAAGAUGAAUCACAUGUAAAGGAUAUUACAAAACAUGGUGCAAAAGUUAAUUAUAUGCCAUCUCUAAAAAAAACCGUAUCAUCAACUCGGUCUGAUGUAUUAGUCAAUAGUGGUGCGCACCAAAGUUUUCUAUCACGAAAUGGUCAAAAUAAUCAUGUAAAUGUUGCGGAUGCUGCUACUCGUGCUGCUGAAGCAGCACUUGCUGCGUUCCGGAAAUCGCGAAACCAACGUGAUCGAGAUACUGAUAAAAAAACUAAUAAAUUCAAACCAUCUGCUCAAGUAAAAAAACAUCAAUCGAUGAAUGGUUACAUGAAGUUACAGGGAUGCUUAAAAGAGCUAUGCCACAAGCAUGAUAUGAAUCAGGUAUCUAAUGUCAAGUAUCAAGAUGAUAUGGGCCAAGGAAGAGAUGUUGAAGAAAAACAACCAUCACAUUAUCUUUAUGUCGGUGGUAGUAGUUAUUCAUCAGAUGAUAUUUCAGAAUCGUCAUCUUUCAGACCGUUAUCACCUCUAUUACAUGACCUUCGACAAGACCAGUUAUUACCGAUACCAGUAAACAAAAGAUGGUCUCAAGCUAAUGAUGAACUACAUUCUUUUGAACCGUCUCCGUUUCUAAUGCAUCACAGUGUUAAAUCAUCAGUACAUAAAUUGGAAAUUGAACGCGAACGAAAUCAAAGAAAGUUAUUUGAAGAUGCCAUUCUAAAUGCGGGAGGACAUUCAUUUCUUACUUCGCUUCCCGGUCAAAGUUUAUGUAAGAUUUCUGAUUCAGCAAACUGUCCAGUAAUCAAUAAAUUACCUACCAAAAAAAUAAAAAAAUCAAACAAAACGAUCCCGUUAAGAGAUGAUAUCGAAUUACAUGAACAGCUGCAUCAAAAUGAAGAAAAAAAGCAGCAGCAACAAUAUAGUGAUAAAAGUGAGCCUCAUCAUAAUCAGAAACGAUCUGAUACACAAAGCGCUCCAGUAAACUUACCACCGUCACAACAGAAGCCGAUAAUAACAAUAGAUUUGACAUCAGAAGAUGAACGGACACAAAAAUUACAAACAAAUGAAAAAACUAUAAGUUCUCGGGCACCCGCUCAAAAAACACAAAAAGAGUUGAAAAAAACAAAAGUUUCAUCGUCAAAAAAUGAACCAAAAAAAACUAAAGACUCAUCGUUAAAAAGUGAACCAAUACGAACAAUAGAUUUAUCAUCAGAAGAUGAACGGACAUUCAAAUUGCUAGAAAGUAGAAAAACUAUAGGUUCAUGGUCUGCUAGUCAAAAAAUACAAAAUGAUCCGACAAAAAUAAAAAGUUCAUUGUCAAAAAAUGAACCGAGAAAAACCAAAGGCUCAUUGUUAAAAAGUGAAUCGAUACAAGCAAUAAAUUCACCGUCAGAAGAUGAACGUACACUAGAAUUACUAGAAAGUAGAAAAAUUAAAGGUUCAUGGGCAACAGAUACUAAAAACCAAAAGGACCCGAGAAAAACUAUUGGAGUAUGUUUAAAUACAGAAAAAAUAACUUCUCUAAGAUUAAAUAAGGAGCCUGAACAAACUGAAAUGGAGGAACAACCAAAUCAAGACUCUUAUAAAAAUAAGUCACGUACUAGAUCAAAACGAGAUGGUCGAAAAAGACACAAACAUAAAACCAUUUCUACCAAUGAACAACUACCAUUGCCAGAACUUGAAGUAGUUGAAGAAUUUCAAUCAGCCAAGUGGAAAGCGCCAUUGACACAGUCGAAUAAAAGACCUGUUGCAUUUGAUGAGAACAUAAGUAUGAAAUAUCCUAUAAAAAAAUCAUCAAGAAACAGGAAAAUAGAGUCUUCAAAAUCAAAUAAGAUUAAAAACAUUGAAGAACUAGGUCCCCUUGACAGACUGAAUUUUCCAAGAUUUAAUCAUAAUGUUCAUGUACUUAUUAGUGAGUACCUACAAUAUAUUGGGAAUUUACCACAAGAUCAGUUGCAUGAUAAAAUAUUACCAUUUAUACAGGUAUUGCGAUCAUCAGCGUUGUAUGCCAAAUAUAAAUCAAUCAUUAAUAAGUUACUUGAGUUACAGCAGAAAUUGGUUGUUCAGUUUAAUAAACAAAAUUCUUCGACAAAAUUACAGAAACCAUUAUUUGUUGACGAACAAGGAAAAAUUAUAUUGGAUAAUUUGCGCCAUUUAUUAUCCGAAUAUGGGCCGUCUCAGGAAGACAUUCGUCAAUCUACAGCGGCCGCAAUUCAUAAUGAGCAAAUUAACGUGACUGUAGAUCAAUUUAUUAAUAAAGUAGUUGCUGAUGAUAAUCUGUGUCUAUGGCAAGAUUUAUGGCCCGCGUAUGAAGAUAAACAAAAUGAAGAAAACAUCGUUUUCUUGGACGAAGAAUAUCAAUUGCGCCAUAUUCAGCAGUUAAUUGAUCAAUAUCAUUCUAGUAAAAAUGAAUUUGAACAAAAAUCAUUACCAUUAUUACAACAACAAAAUCAACAGUAUGGAUUGCAUAAACAAGACAGUCUUAAAAAUGAACUCAUUGAAAGUCGUAGAUUACCGAAGCAAAUCAAUAUGCAGUUGAAAUCACCCGUGUUAGAAAGACCAAAACAACAAUCUCCUGUAAAACAACAGUUACACCAGUGUAAUCAUAAAAUCAACUGUCUUCAACAACUCAAAGAGUUAGAACACCAAGAAAAAUUAAUACUUAAACAAAAGAAAAAUCUGUAUCAGCAAACGCAAAAAAGACAUGAACUUCAAGAACAAGAAUUGCCUUUAUUGGAUCGACAACAAAAUUGUAAACAAAAAAAUGUUUGCGGAAAUAUUAAAUUAAACGAUCCUGCUGAAUGGAAACUAGGUAAAUUCGUAUCACAAUCACAAUGGUUUAAUCCUCUACGUCCUCUCCGUGAACAAUUAUUUAACAAAGCGGUUUUAGAUAGAAUUCAACUGUAUCUACGUAAACUUGAGGAAGUAAAACAACAGCCUGAGGAGACAGAACAACAGCUUAAAGAGGCAAAACAACAGCCUACGUCUACAAACGAUGAUUCUCAGGUAACAACUAAAUCUGUAAUUCCGGAAAAUAUUGUGAAGGAAGUUUAUCAUGGAUCCUGGAAAACGCAUAGAGGCUCAACUUUAUGGUGGACUGAGGUUGGUAUUUAUAGGAAAAUAUCAACGUUAGUCAAAGAAACCCCAGUGAAAUCUUCUGCAUAUGCUUCAACUAAGCCCAUCUCCAACACACGGCAAAUAACUAUACCACAAAAAGAAACAAAUCCAGCAGAAGUUAUCACCAAGAAAAUUAUACGAAAUAAAUUAACUGUUAAUGAAAAAGAUGAAGUGCAAAAAUUAAUAGAACCCAUUGCACAAAGUUUUUGGACUGCAAAUGAACAGCGAUGUUUGAUGUUGCUAUGUAACAGUAUAAAAAAAGUCACUGAAGAAACAAAUUUACAUUGGGAUGCUAUGGUAAGAUUACAAAAAGAACGAACCGGAUUGGUAGGAAAAUAUAUGGGUGAAUUGGAUCAAAAAUUGCAAGAUAAACAGCUAUCUCAUACAUCGCAUCCUGUUAAUUUAGAGCUUGAACCAUGUAAGAAAUCCGUCUCUAACGAAGGUUCAAAUAGACACAUUUUAAAAUCAAUGGUGAUCGGAACGGAAGAGAAGAUUGACAUGCAUCCAAACUGGCAUCAAAUAGAUAUUAAUCGACAAAUGCACCAAAGAUAUUGGAAAAUGAAUUUAUUGAAACUACAUGAUUUGAAGUUUACGAAAAAUUUAAUUAAUCGGCAUCUUUAUAAUCUGUUUGAAGAAAGAUAUUUACGUAGUUGUGUUGAAAAUCAGUAUGUAAGUAUGGCUAUGGUUUUUAUGCCAUCAAAACCACUAAAUAUAGCUGAUAAACAAAAAUUAUAUUUGAAGUUGGAACAGCUUUGUUCAAAAACUGUGCAACCAAAGAAAGUUUCGCAAAAAAUAAUAGAGAAACCAGUAUUACCGAAAAAUAUUACAAAACAAAAAUACUCAUCACAAGAACAGUGUAAAGUGCAGCAAAGAAAUAAAAAAAUCAAAGGUAAGCUGAUCAAACAACAAAAAUUGCUACAGAAGUCGACCGAACAUAGAGGUAUCUCGCGACAAUCUAGUACGCGACCUUUAUCUCCUAAAAUACGUGAAGAAACGGAAAAAGAAACUCAAUCAAAAAAUAAACAAGAAUCACAAUUGAAACAAAAAAAUCAACCAAAACAAAAUCAUCAAAGAAUACGAAAGCAAGUAACAUUCAAACCGAAAAUAGAAGCGAAUUUAACUAAUUUAUCUUACUUACGGGAACUAAUGUCUCAAAUUGAGUUGCUAAAACGUAAACAUAUAUGCCAUCAACAACAAUUAGGAGUCAUCAAAAUUGAUUCAAUGGACCCUCAACCUAAAGUAUUACAGUUUCAAAAUAUUGAAUUUUUCCUUCGAAAUUUAACGUAUCUGUUACAUCAACAAAUAACUAUUUAUCAAAAUAAACUAAAUGCUUUAAACGUGCACAAUCAAAAAAAAGAAAAUGAAUCAUUAGCAUCACAACAAUCUAUAACUUCGUUCCAUGAGCCUUCGAUAAAUUCAGUAAAUUUAACAUCACAAUUGCCUUCAAUUAAAUCAGUGAUAUUAAAACCACACCAACCGCAGUUAUCUGAAAAUUUAAUAAAUCCUAUAGUUGCGGCAUUGGAAACUAAUAAACGUGAGUCAGAUAUCUUGGAAAUGGAGCAGAAUCUGAAACAACAAUUGGGUAUAUCGUAUAAUAAACUGAAACCAUUGAUGAAAUUAUGGCAACUUUCAAUUAGAUUUCCUGAACGUUGGUUGCAUCAACAAUUCGAUGGUUUGAAACAGGCGAUACAGGCGAUAGAUGAUCCAAGUCGAAUUUUUGUUUAUCAACCUUUAAAUAAAAAUCGAAGGAAUAAACGGUUGACAUCUGUUUCACCAAGUGCUGCGGCUUAUGGUUUAUGGAAGCAAUUUCUUCGGGUUCGUGAAUAUUUUUUAUGGCGGUGGCAACGGAAACAAACAUUGAUUAAUGAAUAUUUAAUGGCAUUAUACAGAGAAAAUAUGUUGACUGAGCAACAUUCAACGUAUUCAAUGUUAUUAAAAGUGCAACCAUCGAUGUCUGAAAAUAAAUCUGAGACAUUGCGAUUAACUUUAGCGAAUCCGUGGUCAUCCAAAGAAAAAUUAUCAGUGUCUACAUGUACAACACCACAGAAAAUAUCGUCAGUACCAAAGUUAUCUUCCCAUAAUAUUACAUUGAAACUGCAAAACUCUUUGAUGUCAACACAAGAGUCAUUAACUUAUUCAGCCUUAUUGACACUAACAAAACCAUUUACAUCCAAAGAACCAGUUUCAGUGGUGUUGAUACCUUGCCAACAAUUUACAUCAAAACAAAAACGUUCUACUCCUUCAAUGACAUUAAAUUCACAACUAUCACCGUUAAAACAAAAAUUGUUGAUGUUAUUGAAAGAAAGACAAAUAGUAACACCAAAUCCUUCGAAUUAUUUGUCAGUAACUACAUGUAAUCCUAUCUCAAGUGUUAACAAACAAUCGAUGGGCCAAUUUAACAACAUAAAAAAAUUACCAAAAAAAAGACUACUCCGUGAUGAAAAUAAGAAAAAUGAUAGCAAACGACUUAAAUCCAUAUCGACGAAAAAACCUAUAAUGUCACAUAAUUCAGUUAAUUGUGAACAAUUUCAAAAUGUACAAUCUAUGCACCAUACUCAAAUUAAUAAAUUACCUAAUAUUAACGAUAAUAAAAACGAUAUCAUUGAAAUUAUAGAUUCUGAUGAUGAGAUCCCCGAAAAUGAAUAUUUAAGCGAUGAAAAAAGAAACAUAAUUCUUAAAAAUUUGACAUCAAAAUCCACAUCUAAAACUGAUAUCGAUGAACAAGUAUUUGAGUCAAGUAUUUCAAGUGAAUUGAGUAUGAAAUCUUCAAAGAUAAAUUCGAUUCAGUCUUCGGAAAUAUCGACAUUGGACGAUUCAAGAAAUAAAUUAGUAAAUAACUAUACAGUGGAUGGUUCUCCGGAGAAUGUUGGCACCUAUAAAAUUAAUAGUAAUUUUAACCAAGGUCGAUGUAUAGCUCGUACUAUAAUUACCGAUAUUGUUGGACUGCCAAUGCCUAUAUUUCGUGAUCAUGGAUUCAUAAAUGGCACAGUUGAAGAAGUGGUACACUCUCGGUUCAUGACCACAAUCUUGUCCAUGGAAGCUGCAUCUUCAAUUGAAUCGUAUAUACCAUCCCAAAAAUUACUACCGUCAUUCAAAAACAUAACAAGCCCCAAUUAUAGUGUGCCUAAACCUAUAAAUAGUAAUAACAUAGAAGAGUACAAUAUAAACAGUAAAAAAACUUCUGUAUCUGCCAAUACAACAAUACCAUUUUCAAUCGUUAUGGAUCGGAUAGAGAAAUUUGAAUCAUCCAAAAACAUUAAUCCUCAGAAUGGUUGUGCUCGGAUUUCGGAUUCUGCUUUGAAGUCCGCAGCCAGAAAAGCCAGGAUACCCGAGGGGCAGACAAAUGCAUUCACAACAAGACCAUCAAGACCAACAGUUACUAAAGUCACGCCUUUAGAUGAAAAAUCGAUGACAACUGUUGCUCGACCACCAAUUAAAAGAUCUAUGUCGGCUAUAGUAACCACCAAUUCGAUAACUGAUAGUGAACAGUUUCCGACUCCCAAAAGAUCCGCUUCGGUAGCGUUUAUAACAUUACCAUCAUACACAGUAGCAACGUCAUCACUGCCUUCAGCUGUUGGACAACACAAAAUAUCAAAAUCGACCGUGACAACAACCACUAUCGAUAAAAAAAAAGGACAACAAUCAGCAAUACAACCAAUCAAAAGGUCCGCAUCCGUGGCAUUUUCGUCAAUAUCGCCACUUUCGUCGAAAAAUACACCAUUCACUGACAUUCCAACAAAAAUGUCGUUCUCAUCUUUAGUGACAACUACUUCCCCCAUGUUAACAUCUCCAGAGUCGUCAGUGAAAAGUAUAAGUCGGUCUGGGGCGAUCAAACGUUCCAAGUCUACUGUUAUAACUACCAUCACACCUACAGAAAAUACCGCCACAGUUAAUGACAUUUUGACAUUAAUGACAUCUACAUCAGCGACAGUUACAAAAACAAUCAACAAUGAAGCGCCUAAAACUGCAGCUAUAAUAAAUGAAACUAAAAAUGUUAAUGACCAUUCUAAUAUGAAUAUGAAUACCAUAAAAGAAGAAAUACGAUUGGUGAAGGUGAAACGGACUACAUGUCCCACUGUAUCUACAUCAAUGGAUGUGACGGCUGAUGCGUGCAAGCUGGUGGUAUCCGCAUGUGAAGAUUUCGUCCGGGCUAUGGUGAUGGAACGAAUGUCAAAAACUGGCCGUGGUAUUGGUACACUAGAAUUGCGCCGGCGAGAUGGAUUCCACGCGGCUAUUGCGGCUGAUGAAGACAUUCGGCCAACUCCAGAAUAUUGUCGGACAACGGAGACUAUGCUGUAUCCAUCAUCAAAAUUUGAUUUAUGUAAGGAUAGCAAAAAACUAUUGGUAAAUCAACAAAAACAGCAAAAAAAUGUAACUACAGUAAAUGAACAUGAAGAUGAAAAAUGGAUAAUUCCAGAUCAAAAACGUUUUAACAGUAAGCAAUGUAUCAUCAUGGAUGACAAAACAAAUAAACCUAAAAUAUUAACAAUCGAGACGGUAGUUGAAACUAAAUUCAUAAACACUACUACCACUGCAAAUAACAAACAAUAUCCAACUUUAAAAACCGUUUCUGCAAUAAAAGUACAACCAUCAUCAUCAGAUCAUACAGUUUCGGAAACUUCUGCCAGAACAAGUGGUAUUGUAGUUCAGAAAACUGCAAGAAGAUUGUUACCAAAAUCUCGUAUGGCAACUAUCAAGAAUCCUAGUGUGGUUAACAACCAACAAUCUAAAACAAUUACCUUAACAUCAAACAGUAAAGAACCAAUGGAAUUUGUUACAACUCCGUUGACUAAAAAACAAUCUCAAACAGAAAAAUCAUCUUUUAUCAUUACUGAGACGUCAAAAACACCUUCUUAUAUUGGCACUAAGACGUUGGAUGUUAUAAUACCUGAGUCUAAUUCUUCAAUCAACGUAGUCAAAAAUAUUAAAACUUCACGUGGAUUUUUCAUUGAACGUGGGCGACCUCUUUUGCGUCCUCCGUUUCAGAAAUGCCGUCCAUUUGGAACGAUAGGAGCCUCUAGUAUCUUGGUUGCAGCAGAAGCUUCAGUUAAAAACAACGCCACUCAUGCUUACUUCAAUAAUUGUGACAUGGAAUUGGAUGCUAGGUGUCAAACAAAUGAUGAAAUCGGUAAUGACGUUUGGAAUUUUGUUGAAGAAUGUGAUGGUAAUGGUUUACCGUCUGUCAGCCGACUCAGCAGUUUUUUAAAUGACAACUCUGCUGAAUACGAUAAUGUAAAGGAGAAAAAAUUAUCUAAAUGUCAACAACAGGUGAUACUCGAGGUUUUCCGUCAACAACAGCGACAUAAGCAGCUAGCUAAAGAAUUAAAUCAACAGGUCCAUGAAUAUCAGAGCCACCUGCCGGAAUCACCAGAAGUGUUUCAUCAAAAAUUUCUAAAGUUGCAAUUUGAAUCGAAAAAAGCAUCACCAAAAUUGCCACAAAUUUCCCAACCUCAAAAUAUUACCAGUCAGCAGGGACUGGUAAGUUGGUAAACAAAAUAGAUAUGGUAUCAUUAACUAAAAAUAUUUUCUCUGACUCUUAUAAUAAUUUAUAUAUUUAGUUUUUACUACUAUGUGUGUUCUAAUUACCUUCAUGCAAUAAUUACCAUUGUUAUUCCAUUGAGAUAUUAAUUGAAAAACUAAUUUUUUUUCAUUACUCUUUCAUAUUUUGUAAAUAGAAUAUUGCCGUUUGAUAUUAUCCUAGUUUUCAAAUUUAAAUAUUUUAUAAAUCAUAGUUCAUUAUUAUAUGUAUGAAUAAACAGAGUAUGUUAUUACAAAAUACGACUUGAUUGUAAUUAUUGUAGGUUGCUGAAUAUUUAUUAUGAUGUAU